AUGGAGCUUGAAGCGAACACGAGUGGUCAAAAUGUGUUGCAAAAACAUGUUUCAUUCUUUGAUCGUAACAAAGAUGGUGUGAUUUAUCCUUGGGAAACUUUUCAAGGGUUUCGAGCAAUUGGAAGUGGUAUUUUGUUUUCCUUAGUUGGAGUAGUCUUCAGCCAUAUCAGUCUUAGUGGAAAAACUCGCCCGGGGAAGAAGUUUCCAAAUUUACUAUUCCCGAUUGAGGUCCAAAACAUCAACAUGGGAAAACAUAGCAGUGAUUCUGGGGUCUACGACACUGACGGAAUGUUUGUUCCUUCCAAGUUUGAGGAGAUAUUCAGCAAGUAUGCGCAUACAACUUCCGAUGCCUUGACAAAAGACGAGCUGCAUGAAUUUAUAAAAGGAAACCGAGAGCCCAAGGACUACGGAAAUUGGAUUGGAGGAAUUGCCGAAUGGAAUAUCUUGUAUCGCAUUGGCAAGGACAAAGACGGAUUAUUGCAGAAAGAGACCAUUAGAUCUGUUUACGAUGGAAGUUUUUUCGAGAAACUGGAAGAGGAAAAGACUAAUUCGUCCAAGAAGAAACACAAGUAA